AUGGUCGCCGAAUGGGAGGAUAUCUGUGCUGCAUGGGAGGCUGAUAAGGUUCCUAAGACGGUGCUGAACCCCUUCUGUGUUCAGAGCGAUGAUUUGACCGAGGAUGAGGUUCAUAAAGAGUUGGCCGAGGAAGAGGAGGCUCGCAGGCUGCAAUGGGGGACAGGUGGUUCAUGA